AUGAAAUUUCUUGCCAUCAGCGGAAGAUGAUGAUGACUCGCAACAAGCAUCUUGUAGCUGCUGGUGGUGCUGUGGCGGUGGCCGUGUUGUUGAUGGCUAUGAUGGCGUGCGCAGACUAUCCUCCUGCACCCAACAGUGGCGGUGCCAAGUGCUCCAUCAACGCUGAAUGCGGCAUCCCAGCCGCCAAUUGCCAGUCACUGAGGGACAAGUGUGCAUCCUUGACGGGAUCAUGCAAGAACUCAACGUGUGUCUGUGCCGCGAACAUGUACGGCUGCCCCAACUGUCAUGCCAAGGCUGUGCUUGACCGUGAUCCAGACGACCCGACCCAGUUUCGGUACUCGACCAAACUCCCCAUGUAUGACGGCAGUGGACGGUACAUCGAUGUGUGCUCUGUUCCACACGGAGGCAGCAAGUGCAAGGCAGACGAGGACUGUGGCGGCAUGGGUGGCCUGUGCCUUGACCAGCACUGUGUUUGCCCGGAUGGCUACCUCUGCGGGGACUGCCGCCUCAUGCUGAACGACUUCCUAUAUGGCCUCAACUGCACGUUUCCCAGUGGUGGAGGCAGCUGCAAGACCGAUGCAGACUGCCACGACGGGACGUGCCUGCAUGCCGCGGGACAGCGUGCCUUUUGCCAGUGCAACCCACUCUUUGCUUGCAAGCACUGCACUGCCAGCGUUCUCGACCUCGUUCAUGGCCGUGCCACGUGCCACUAACUGAGCCCCAUCAAUGUUCACAGUCUUUUUCUUGUUUUGUCUCUGUUUGCAUCAUGCGUUUCCGUCACAUGCACAACACGUCUGCGCUCGUGCACGUGCUCGUGUUGUUAGACCCCCAAGGGUUGAUGUGCGCCCACUCCGCGAUCCAUUCUUCCCGUGUUACUCUUUCCGCACACACACACACACACACACACACACACACACACACACACACACACACACACACACACACACAUACAACCUGUUGAGAGCUUUUUAAUUGAGGGAACGAAUAAAGAGACAAC